AUGGGUGCCACACCUCCUUCCGAAGAAUUCAGUAGUGAAGACAUCACGACCCAAGACUUUUUAGUUGCUGCGGCGCCCGAGACCCGCGAGCACCUCUUCAAGGUGCUGGUCAUCGGCGAGCUCGGCGUGGGUAAGACCAGCAUCAUCAAGCGCUACGUGCACCAGCUCUUCUCGCAGCACUACCGCGCCACCAUCGGCGUGGACUUCGCCCUGAAGGUGCUCAGCUGGGACAGCCGUACUCUGGUGCGCCUGCAGCUGUGGGACAUCGCGGGUCAGGAGCGGUUUGGCAACAUGACACGAGUAUACUACAAGGAAGCUGUUGGGGCUUUUGUAGUCUUUGAUAUAUCAAGAGGUUCCACAUUUGAGGCAGUGUUAAAAUGGAAAAACGAUCUGGAUAGUAAAGUUCAUCUGCCCAAUGGCAGCCCUAUUCCUGCUGUCCUCCUAGCUAACAAAUGUGACCAGAGCCGGGACAGUGGCCAUAACCCUUCCCAGAUGGACCAAUUCUGCAAAGACCAUGGCUUUUCUGGAUGGUUUGAAACUUCUGCCAAGGAUAAUAUAAACAUAGAUGAAGCAGCCCGCUUCCUGGUGGAAAACAUUCUUGCCAACUGUAAGAACUUUCCCAGUGAAGACAGUGAUGUGGACAAAAUUAAACUGGAUCAGGAGACCUUCAUGGGAGAGCGCCGGGCUCAGUGCUGCUAGUUGGCCUUUGCCUCCCCUGUCUGCCUUGGUCCUGAGCAUGUGUCAGGAAUGGUCAGGUGUUUCUGUGGGCUGUGGAUCUCCCACCCGUGUCCUUCACAGUCCGGUUCCACAGGGCUCCUCUGGUCAUUUAAAACCAGAAGAGGUGGAGAAGUAACCCCACUUGCAUUUCUGUGCUUUAACGGAUGACCCGAGGCUUCGAUGCUGUCACCAUCCUAUGGAGGAUAAUGUUUACAUCCUUUUAAACAUCUUUGUAAGUGACUUCCUGGUUGUAGUUUCCAGUGUAAGCACUGGGGUGGUUGUCAAACUGCCCUGCAGUGCGCCUAUGAUGUUGAGUCAGUAUCUAUAGUCCAUCUUCACUCUUAAGAGAUUUUUAGACUCCGUUGGCCACAGGCACUUGAAGUUAUUGUUUAGAAAUGAUUUUCUCUUCACCACUCUGGUACUUUGUGUAAAUUUUUUUCCCUUAAAUGCUGUGAGUCCAACAGUCAUGGUCUGUGGUAUGUGGUCACACUUCUUAACUGUUGUUAUCCUUUCUGAUUUCUCAGCAAAGGACUCCUACCAAUGCUGUAUUGUGGAUGUCUUCUUCUGGACCUGAUUGCUACCACUUGGAAACAGUCUAAAUGAUUUUUUUCUCUCCCUAGUCCUGUCUUUUCUCCCUUCAUUAUGUUUAUGUUUCCAACCAAGGACCUUACUGAUAUUACUGUUCCAUUUCUCUCUUCCUAGAGCUGAAGAGUACUUUUCAAGAGUACUUUUCUGAUUUGUAAUGGUAGUAGUCAAGAAGAGAAUUUUUUUCCAAAGCACUUACAAUUCUAUCUGAGCUUCUAAAGUACAAAUUGUGAAAGAAAUUAGGUCAAGUAUGAUUUUACAUAAAAUUUUGGACAUUUAGUGUAGUGGUUGAAAACUUCAACAAUGUUUGUAUUGUCAUUAAACCCAGUGAAUAAAAAGAAUAAAUAUUUUAGGUGAAAUCUGUGGCCCGUCUUUUGAAUUAACGUAGUUGUAAGAAGCUAUUUUUCUGCCUUAGAACAUUUUGUUUACUUCUGCUUUUUAUUUUCAAGGGGCUUAAUUAUGUGAAAGAUCCAACUUGUUUCUUUCAAAGAAAUGGUAGGGUUUUUUAUGUCUUAAGUCAGAGCUAAUGCCAAAUGAGACAUUGAUAAGUUUGCCUCAUAUAUUUGGUGGGCUUGAUAGG